AUGGCAGGAAGACUGAGCAGCGUGACGUCCAAAAUCAUGGGCGGAAACGGCGUCGUCCACUGUUCCGUCACAUUCUUUCUUCAACUUCGCGUCGACAAACACAUCGUCCCUGACAGACCCCUCCCUGUCAACGACGAGCUCGUCUGGGACAACGGCACGCCGUUUCCCAAACCUUAUAUUGAUCGCAUAGCCGACACCGUCGGAAAGUAUGAAGCUUUGGCUUGGCUGACUGGAGGUCUGAGCUACUUCGUUGGGCUGGGCUUGUUGGCUGUGUGGAAUGACAAGGCGUCCAAAAUUCCGUUUGCCCCAAAAGUGUACCCAUAUGAUCAAGAAUCUACGAGUGGAGCUCGGUGA